UGGUUUACACUACAGGAGCGACGGCGCAGCUUGCCGUGGGCUUCUCCGGGGCGUGGUCUCGGGCUUUGCCCACUCCACCCAGCGGCGCGAUCCACGAGCACCCAAGGGUGGGGGAAAGAGGGGGACGUGGAGAGGUGGGGAGGAGGGGGGAGCUCCCCAGCCGCAGCCCAGGAAGACCUUCGGGACCCAGGCUGCCCCAGCGACGAUGGGGCUGGAGAAAGAGAAAGCAGACACCAAGAUCUUCAUGGAUGAAUACGGCUUCAACCGAAGCAGCAGCCCCGCUCUGUCGGACGCGGAAAAGAGCCUGGAGAAAACCCCGGACAGGGACCCGCGCGGGAUUAACACGCAUCUGAAGCUGGGAUUUGCGGAUGUGAUUGCGGAGCCGGCGUCCACGCACUCCUUCGACAAAGUCUGGAUCUGCAGCCACGCACUCUUCGAGCUCAGCAAAUACCUGAUCUAUAAGAUCCUGACGCUCUUCCUUGCGGUCCCCUUGGCCUUUGUGGCAGGGGUCCUCUUUGCUGUGCUCAGCUGUCUGCACAUCUGGAUUGUGGUUCCUUUCACAAAGUCUUGUCUCAUGGCUUUGCCCUCUGUGCAAGCCGUAUGGAAGAGCGUGACAGAUGUUUUCAUUGCACCGUUAUAUCACAGCAUAGGAAGGUGCUUUGCAUCAGUCGACAUACGCCUUGUCCAAGAGUGAACAUCUGGGAACUAACGCUACUCUAGUCUUAAACAAUGUUAAAUCUCCUUGCUGAAUAAUUCAUUCCAAAUUACUACUGUUUAAAAGGCUGGCACACACACACCCCGGCUUCUUCCGUCGGGGUUGCACUUUUCUGGGAACAAAGCUUGCUUUGGGAAUGGGGAAAAAUUGUUAAGAAAAAAAUGAUCCCAUUUUCUAAACGAAAAAUAACAGGCUGCAUUUGACAUCACUCUAUUAUAAUGGUACUAUCAUUGUCUGGUUCCCACUGAUGUGUCAUGGGGACAUACAUGACCACAUCACAUAUGCCUGCCUAGACAUGUAUUACUACAAUGAAUCCUAACUACAAGAAGUCACUAUGCACUGUAUCAACUAAAACAGUAUCUAUAGUAUUACCCAAUUUCUUUGACAGCUAAUACCCGGCCUAUUUUAUGCAUGUUAUACUAUACAGCUCACUCUCAGAAUUAUGAAUGCAUCCAGAAUAUUGUUUGUUACUCCUGAAAAAAUUCUUCACCUGAAUCCUAAUUUAAGUCUUCUCUUUCAGCAACAGCUAGCACCCUAUAAAACACAGGUGAUGAACAUCUGGCCCUCCAGCUGUUGCUGCACUAGUCUACAGCUCCCAUCAUUUCUGACCAUUGGUCAUUCUAGUUGGGACUGAUGGAGUCCAGCACUGUCUGUAGGACCACAGCUUCUGCAAACAUGUUCUAGAAUCAAUCAAGUCUACUUAGUAUAAACCUACCAGCAUCCCUAAACCCCCAAUACAUGUAGUCUCUCAGAUCCAGUGGCUUCCAGUGCACUAAGUGCACAGCUCAAGGCCAGAUUGGGUCCGUCUGGGUCCCCUUGGUCCUUAAUGGGAUCUAGGGACUUGGGCCACAGUUGGAGUUGGAGUCUCAAAAGCAGCAGGUAGGGAAUCCAUACUGGUCAGGCAAGGGCCUCAGCUAAUGUAUAUAGCAACUCUUAAUUAUUGCCAAAUGCAGGGAUCAAUGCUGCACUUCCCUCCUCCCUUCCAUGUCUGAAGACCUAUUCCUUAGGAGUUCAUUAGUCUCAGGCUAAUCUCAGACUCAAAUAAUGAGAAUCCCAGUUCAGGCACAGGAACCCCUGACAACGCGGUGCUCAGCCAUAUAAGCAUGUUCCAAGAUGCCCAUGGAGGAAUGCAGGCAACUGCUCCCUUUCGAUCCAGUGAAUUGAGAAGCUCAUACAGUAGCCCUAUAUUUUGCAUAUGUGGGAUAUUGGGUUCUCAACUGGGGUAACAGAUCACACCGCCCCUAAAGGGCUUUGCUGAAGAUUGCCCUCUUAUUGCCUCGGGGUGGUGGCUUACAUUUAUGUGGCAUUUUCUUGAUCAUAGUGUAACUCUUGGGAUUUUAUGAGGUUCUCUUCUGCAGAUGUGGACACAGUUCAGGAUCCACAGAAUUUUGCAUGCAGAUUUACACAAUACUGCUGCGCAAGGGAACUAAGUACUUGCCUACUAUGCAAACCCCUAAGAAUCAAAAGGAAGGGAGAAAGGCUACUCCAAAAUUAACUGUUUGAAACAAGGUGUUAACUUGGGUAGAAAAUCUCACUUUUAUUUAAUGAAACUCUUUUGCUGUACAUAUUGUGUUUUUUAUGUAAAUUGUAUUGUAAUGAAUUGCCUCGAAGCUUUAUUUUUAUGGUCUCCAUAUUUUUGCCAAGCUUUUGUUUUAAAGAAGGAGGAUGCUUCAGCCAAUCACCUGCUCGUUGCUCUGUAGGGCUGUGCCAUGCAUACAAGUCCACAAAGGUUUCUUGAAGGGAGGAGCCACUGAACUGCCUUCUCCACAAGGACCUGAAGCAGAAUCCUGUUGUGCCUAAGACAGUAGUAAAGCAUUCCACAUAGAAGUGGGUACUCUCCACUUCUGAUCUCCCCAGAUUUCUUUCCAAAGAGGGGUGUGUAUGGUUUUAGAUAUUUGGCCUACAUUCCCAACUUGUGCAGUUUCUGUGCAUGGAAAUACUAGCAUGAAAUAAUUUUUGGGUGCCUGAGAAUCUCUAGAGGGAGGCCAAUGACAAUUUAAAUGAGUGGGGUUUGUUUUCUAGAUUUUGAACUUAAAUGAAAAUCACUGAAAUUCUGAUAUAUGCAAUUCAUAAAUACAGCAAAUACUCUGUAUGAUUCCACUUUGAGACCUAAAUGCUAUGUUCUAAGCUAUGCCAAAGAUUCUGAACAAAGACUCUGUAUUUUAAAAGUAUUUUUAUUAAAAUGGUAUGUUGAACAUUCAAA